GAUAGUUAUGGGCCGUAUGUUAUAGCUAUGGAUAGACAUCGCAAAGGUGUCGGAAAAUUCAUUCAAUUGUUGGCAAAGAAUAAUACAAUAGAUUUCAAUGAAUGCAGAGAACAACAUAACUGUUUUAUCGACGAUUUGCCCGACGAUCUCUGGCCACUGGUCGACGGUAUUGUCGACUAUGGUUUUCUCGUCAAAAAUAUGCUUAACAACAGAUCCGGAUAUAUAUUGUUCUUUAAUAUCGACGGAAAACCAUACUAUUGUUCGACACCAUUGAAUCAAACGCUGUCACCGAAAUGCAAAUCUAAAGACAGUCUCAAACCGUAUGCCAUUAACUGUAAAAACAUUUGGCCGGAAGAGAUAACAACAACAACAACAACAUCGUUGGCCACCAUAUCGGACAUUACGGUCAUCCAAACCAAUGCUACAGCUAUUGAUACGUCCAAAACAACCGCUAAAACUACUGAUACGUCCAAAACAACCGCUCAGACAACUGACUCGACCAACAAAAAUGGUUUAAUGACUUAUAUUAUAGUUGCAGUUAUUGUCAUAAUUAUUGUCGUCGUCAUAGUUAUCGUCAUUUGUCUAAUAAUUUUUUACACAAAAAAAUCAAAUGAAGACAAAAAUAAACCGGAGACCAAUAUGGACGCAGUGGCGACCAUCCGAUCACUGGAUGGACACAACUUUCAACAACAACAACAAGAGGUCGAGAGGUCAAAGUAGGCCUAAUAUUGAAGACACUAUUU